UAACAGGUAUAAUUAUACUUAGAUUGGUUACACAUUUGAUUGCCAUGGAAACAUAUCCUAGAUAAAGUGUUUAGUCAUGUUUGUUUUUCAUAAUCUUUCCAGCACUGCUUUAGUAUAAAAGCUCAUCUUUAGUUGUUGUAUUCACACACUAAGGAUUUUAACAUCAGCUUGCUUCAUAUCACAUUGUAGAAUCACAAAGAAGAAAGUUUUGUUUGAUACAUUUGUCCGGACAAACAAGAUGGCGUAUAAACUUGUAGCAUGUAUUUUGGCGGUUGCAUUUGCAUUUAUACCAGAAACAAUUGCACAAGAUGUAUCAACAACUAUGGAACCUAUGAUGUAUACAAAGCCCAUGGAUUCUCAACUCAACUGCACCAACAUUCCUAAUGUCCCACAAAGGCCCACCGCAGAUGAUAUUGAUCAAGCUGUAGUAGCCUCUAAUAGAGUGAUCAGAGCUACUAUUUUGUUUUUGUCUAGUAACACAACAGAAGGAGUGCGGUUGAGAGUUAGGACAAUAAACAGAGUUCUCGCUCUUCUUACUGAUUUACUACAAAGUUUAAUCAGGCGAAUUAGAAUUGUGAACAGGCGACUUAAUUGUGGACUGGUAACAACUCUGGCACAAGCUACUCGCUUGGAGGCUAUUAAUGACAGAGACACAAGAUCUGUUCGUUCUCUCAGAGAUUUAAGACGGAGGCUUCGAGAAUUGAGAGAAAGGUUACAGAAGCUAAACUGAACUACUCUCGGUUUUGAUUUGUGACAGGUGUGGAUAUUUUGGGAAUGGUUUGAGAUAAUAUAUAUGUUCAAAGAGAAACGUUUGUUCUUUUUUUUCCCAAUUUAAGUUGUUGCCUUGUUUUCACUUAAAAACGAAAAACGGAUGACUAAAUCUAUCAAGAGAUAAGUAAACAUUCGUUAGUGUAUAAAGCAAAAGUUAAGAAAAAAAGCCUUAUUUUAAAGUAAUCUUUUUUUUUUUUUUUUUUUUUUUUUUUUUCAAUUUAUUUAAAGUCGAUUAUUCACAUAUUUACAAUAGUUUCCAAAAAAAAAGUAAUUAAGAAAACUAAUCUAAAUCGACUAAAUUUUUUUUAUGUUUACAAUUAAAUAAAAUCAUUUUUUUUAUAUAUAUAAACAAUAAUAACAACAAAGUUCUAUAAAGGGACCUUACAUUCAUCACAGUUACAUUUAGAUCCGUCCCACAUUUUAAUCAUGCUUUUAAAAACUUUAAGGUUGUCACAUCGUUUCAAAUGUGAUGGUAGGUUAUUCCAAAUCUUUGG